UUGGACGAGGCCGGUAGUGAGAGCCGUGGGCGUGCCGUGCGCGCACCAGACCACAGGAAUUUGUGUGGCCCGCGCCUCCCUCCCUCUCCGUCACUUCCACCACUCCAGUGGCAUCGCCAGUCAUCGUCGUCGCGCGGAGCGAUAAGCAGCGUCGGUUCCGGGCGCCGAUGGCGUGGUGAGCGGGUGGGGCCCGGCUUCUGGAGUCGUCGCGUCCGGGGAAAGGGAAGCAAGAAGAUGAGCUCCUCAUCCUCCUCCUCUUCCUGCUGCUGCGGCGUCGUGUCUUCCUCUCCGGUGGUGCUCUCCAACCCGCGGGGAGGAUUCACUGCUAGAUGCUCGGCAAGAACAAACCGGAAGGUGCUUUUCCUCGGUUCAAAACAGUUUCCACGGAUCACAUACAGCCCAUCAAACCGUGCGUCCUCACGGUUGUCGCAGAGAGCUGUAAUAGCUUUUGCUGGACAGCAACCUUGGGACGUCAGCAGAUUUGUCAAGACUUUGUUCUUCUUCAACGGGCCUCCGAAUCCUCUCAAGAUUGUAGAGUCUAUCAUUAGCAGUUUCACUAGCCCUGCUUCUAGUGAAGUGCCAAAGAAAAUGGAAACAUCUAAUGUGGUACUGGUCACUGGAGCCACUGGUGGUGUUGGGCGACGGGUGGUCGAUAUCUUUCGGAAGAAGGGGCUACCUGUUCGAGUGUUGGCUAGAAAUGAAGAGAAGGCAAGGAGCAUGCUGGGACCGGACGUAGACUUGAUCAUAGGAGAUGUUACGAAGGAAGAUACACUCGAUCCUAAGCUUUUCAAAGGGAUCAAGAAAGUAGUCAAUGCAGUUUCUGUCAUAGUAGGGCCAAAGGAAGGUGAUACACCAGACAGGCAGAAGUACAAACAAGGCAUAAAAUUUUUUGAACCUGAGAUCAAGGGACCUUCGCCUGAAAUGGUUGAGUACAUCGGAAUGCAAAACUUGAUUAAUGCCAUAAAGAAUAGUGUUGGACUGAGUGAAGGGAAACUGCUAUUUGGGUUCAAAGGCAACGUAUCUGGAAAUAUUGUGUGGGGAGCACUUGAUGACGUUGUAAUGGGUGGUGUUAGUGAAAGUGCAUUCCAAAUCCUACCAACAGGAAGUGAAACUGGUGGACCAACUGGAUUGUUCAAAGGUACUGUUUCUACUUCAAAUAAUGGUGGGUUUACUAGUGUAAGGACAAAGAAUUUUACUGUGCCAGAGGACCUGUCAGCAUAUGACGGUAUUGAAUUACGACUUAAAGGUGAUGGGCGGCGGUAUAAACUCAUUAUAAGGACUAGCUUUGAAUGGGAUACUGUUGGCUAUACGGCAAGCUUUGACACCACGAAGAGGGAAUGGCAAAGUGUUAAAAUACCUUUCUCUUCUCUGAGACCUGUAUUCCGUGCUCGUACUAUGACUGAUGCUCCACCCUUCGAUGCAGGCAACAUCACUUCACUACAGCUUAUGUUUAGCAAGUUUGAAUAUGACGGAAAACUCAACCCAACAUUUACUGAAGGUCCAUUCGAGCUUCCUUUUUCAAGUAUUAGAGCAUACAUACAUGAGCCAAUCACUCCAAGGUUCGUUCAUGUGAGUUCUGCAGGAGUUACAAGACCUGAAAGACCAGGUCUAGAUUUAAGCAAACAGCCGCCUGCUGUCCGCCUGAACAAAGAGCUUGGCUCCAUUUUAACUUAUAAGUUGAAGGGAGAAGAUUUGAUUCGGGAAAGUGGUAUUCCUUACACCAUUGUGCGUCCAUGUGCCUUAACUGAGGAACCAGCUGGAGCCGAUCUCAUAUUCGACCAGGGGGACAAUAUCACAGGAAAGAUAUCAAGGGAAGAAGUUGCCCGCAUUUGUGUAGCAGCUCUCGCAAGCCCAAAUGCAGUGGGGAAGACUUUUGAGGUCAAGAGCACUGUUCCAUUUAGUGAACCGUAUGUAAUUGAUCCUUCAAAUCCCCCUCCUGAAAAGGACUACGAAGUGUAUUUCAAAGACCUCAAAGAAGGCAUCACGGGUAAAGAGGCAUUAGAAACAACGCCUGCUCAAGUCUGAAGAAUAUGUUGAGUGAAGAAUACAAUCUGCUUUGGCAUAUAUAUCCUGACAUGGUUAGAUCCUUUCUGGAAAUCGAAAGAAACGCUUUCAAUAUGUAAUGUGAAAUUAGCCAAGAGGGACUAUGUAUGUCCUCUGCAGUUUGCAUUAUGUUUUCUCUUAUGUACAUUACAUGGAGAGAAAUAAAGUCAGAUGGAACUGCAAGAUGA